UGCGUUAUUCCGAUCCGAGCAGAAGGCGUGUGAGGUUCAGGAUUGUCCCAAGACGUUGAGGAAGACUUUAAACAAUCAUUCAGUCAACAGUCUUUGGGAAACGCGGUGAACAUCUCACACAGCAGGGCUAUGGAAGGCCUGUAUGUUGCUGCCGUAGUCUGUGCUGCACUUGUAGUCUGUGCUGCACAAACUAUCGAUUUGACUCCUGACGAAACUAGAACACUCCUCGAAAAUGUAAUAGAAGCUUCCAUUAACAAACUCUAUGAAGACGAGCAAAGGUUCUUCGAUGCAGGUGUUGACUUCCACGGAGGGAGAUCUGCCCUCUACUUUCAUUCAGUGAUACUUAACACAAAGACUGAAUCACUGAGCCUCGGAGCCAGGGAGAGGCAGAGGUUAUAUGCGCUUAAAACCAUCGCUCAACUCACGGCUGUCUUUGGUGAAGGAAGUCUAUCGGAAGUCGCCUCACAAGUGUCUACUGUGCUUUCCGGAAGUAGUUCCCUAUUAAAGACCCUUUUCCAAGAUGAGGGAAUAUGUCCAACUGACGAAGUGGUCACCUGUGACCCAAACACUCGUUACCGCAAAGCAGACGGAAGCUGCAACAACCUCCGCAGCCCCCGAUGGGGGAAGUCCUUCAUCCCUUCCAGGAGAUUUAUGCCCCCUGAAUACGACGACGGAAUGUCAGAGCCCCGAGCUAAUGGCAGGGAUGGUAACGCCCUCCCGAACCCUCGUCUCGUGAGUAGGACCCUUCAUGCUAGUGAUGAGGAUCUCCCGGAUUCAGCGUCCCACACUCACCUCGUGAUGCAGUGGGGUCAGUUUAUUGACCAUGAUACAACCAGCACUCCAAUACAAAGAGGAAACGAUGAAUCUAUUAUCACGUGCUGCAUUGAUGACAUCCCACCCGGCACUCCGCAGGUUCUCAUCGAUCUUCUCGCAGACAGAGAUGUAUGUUUCUCCAUCCCCAUCCCCGAGGGAGAUGAAACGUUUACUGACCGGACAUGUUUAAACUUCGUACGCUCUAUUCAAGUUCCUAACGCCGAUUGUGAAUUUGAGCCGGUGGAGCAGCUCAACCAGGUAACAGCCUUCGUUGACGGGUCGACCGUGUAUGGGUCAACACAAGAAGAGCAGGAUGCGCUGAGACUGCACAAGUAUGGACUGUUAGACUUUCAAGAUGAUCAGCUUGAACUGCUUCCCAAUUCCGACGUGCAGAACUGCAUUCCUGAGGAACUGCCAGAGAGCUUCUGCUUCUUAGCAGGUGAUGAACGAGUCAAUGAGCAGACUGGGCUCACGAGCAUGCAUACGAUAUGGAUGAGACAACACAACCGUAUCGCCCGAGGCCUACGUCGACUAAAUCCCCACUGGGAUGAUGAGGGGAUCUUCCAGGAGUCCAGGAAGAUUGUUGGUGCUAUGAUCCAAAAGAUCACAUACGAGGAGUUCUUACCAGUUCUCCUCAACAAGAAGACCAUAGAGUUCUUCCGACUGGAUCCAAGCGAAAGAGGAUACAGAACCGUCUACAAUGAGAAUUCAGAUCCCAGCAUUAGAAGCGCCUUUUCCUCUGCCGCCUAUCGUCUGGGACAUACUCUCAUCCGCGGAACAUUAUCCAAACUGACAUCACCCUAUGAAAUUCAGGGAGAAAAAACCCUGAGGUCUCUCUUCGGAAACGCUUCUUUGAUCGUGGAGACGAGGGGUCAGACUAUCCCUUGGCUGCUUGGCGGAAUGACCAGAGAUCAUGCAAGAACAUUUGAUCGUUUCCUGACGCCGGAUGUGACGAAUAACUUGUUCUUGGACAGAAAUGGUAAUAGUUUUGAUUUGGCAUCUCUGAACAUCCAGAGAGGGAGGGAUCAUGGUAUAUCCGGCUACAACGCCUGGAGGAGAUGGUGCAAGCUCCCGGAAGCUGAGAACUUUGGAACUGGAUUCAACGGACUAGUGGACCAUCCUAGUGAUGCAGCUCGACUACUAGGACAGUUGUACAGUCACCCGGACGACAUCGAUCUGUUCCCUGGCGCCAUCAGUGAACGCCCGCUUCCCGGUGGUGUGGUCGGAGCAACCAUCGCCUGCAUCAUUGGCAAUCAGUUCCAGCUUCUCAAAGAAGGAGACAGGUUUUGGUACGAGACGGCCAUGGACCCAGUCCGCUUCUCUGUAGGUCAGUUCCGCUCCCUCCAGUCUGUGACGAUUGCCAAGGUUGUCUGUGUAAAUGCCAGACUACCUCUCAUCCAGCCAGAUGCACUCCAUGUAGCAGAUUAUAUUAACAACCCCCUGGUCCGAUGCAAAGACCUGCCAGAUCUUGACCUAGCUCCCUGGAAGGAAGGCCCUCCUUUGUGGAGCGAUUGGUCUGGGUGGUCGCGGUGCAUUGCCGGCAUGCAACAACGUCAUCGGGUAUGCAGAUCUAGCUACACCAGAUGUAGUGGCCCAGACAUUCAGAGGAGGCGAUGCAGGAGGUUCCCAUACCUUGCCAGAUAUGGACGCGAUGGUCCAGCCGGGUAUGGACCCGAUGGUCAAGCUGGAUACCUUGCACGAGCACCCUCCGAUGGGGAUGACUCUUAUUACGGUUAACCCCCGGAAAUGGACAUGGGAUUAUGGUGCAUCACACAGCCGUCUUGUCCGAGGCGAUCCUCUGUUCGUAAGAAUGAUGGCGGAUAUGUGUUCAUGUACAAGGGGAUGAUAAACGGAAAAGUAAAUAAUAAAGAAAA